AUGGACCUUUGCGUUGAUUUUCUGACAAGUGAUGAAGAAAACGUGGCUCCGGUGAACAACGAUAAGGACAAUUUGGUGUCGGAAGUGACACAAGAAACCGCUGAGAACAAAACGGAAAACCAAGACACUUCUCGCAACCAAAUCGUGGAGAAAAUGCUCGAAGAGGUUUUGGAAAAGCAGAAAGAUUUUGAAACUUCUUUAGUCGAUGAGCUCCGUUCCGUCAAAAGCGAGCUUCAAUUGAUUCGAGACAAUUUGAAACCAAACACCGUGACUGCAUCAGUUCCGGUAAAAAGGGAUAUUGAGAAUACAGCUGAUUCGGACUCUAAAAAUGAGAGUGCUACCAUGACGACUACUGGAAAAUACUUCGUUUUAAAGCAUGCUUUCAAGAAUGUCUCAAGUUUGAAGGAAAAUGUAGAUCAGUGGUCAGAAGCUGAGGAACACUUUGGAAUUGAAUGGUAUUAG